GUUUUUCCAUUUGAAAGGAUAUUAAAAAGUUUUGGCAGGUGACGAUCAUGGCAACUAUUGUACCCAAUCAGAAUUUCAACCCAUUGCUGGCGGCCAACGAUCUCAUUGCCGCCUUCAAAGGAAUUGGCACCAACGAAGCAAAAGUCAUCCAGGUGACGACGUCUCACGACAAUAAGCAAAGACAGGAAAUUAAAAGUAGAUUUCAGCUGAUAACUGGAAAGGAUUUGAACAAAGAACUAAAAUCCGAACUGAGUGGCAACUUCGGGAAUGCUGUUUUAUCUUUGUUCGUACCCAGUUAUGAGUUCUUUGCUGACCUUUUGAUGAAAACUAUGAAGGGACCGAAGACAGACGAAAGUAUGAUGGCAGAACUUCUAUGUACACACGACAACAAGCACCUAGCUCUUAUCAAAGACGCAUAUAAUAGACUGGCCGGGAGAAGUUUGGAAGAGGCAGUGGCCACAGAAACAACAGGAGAGUUGAAACGUCUGUGGUCCUGCCAGGUCAGAGGGGCAAGAGAUGAAAGUUCAGAGGUCAGCGUUGAAUUGGCACAUCAAGACGCCAGGGAUCUUUUCAAAAAAAUUGAUGGGAGGUUCAAUUGUGAGAGCGGCCUAUUCAUCGAUCUGUUGUGUGGUAGGAACUUUGGCCAGUUGCGAGAAACUUUCAACCAGUACCAAAGGAUCACCAGCCAUUCAUUUGAGGAAGUCAUCAACAAUGAAACUAAGGGGCAGUUGAAGAAAGGACUGCUGGCUGUCGUGAGUUACAUCAAGAAUCCUCAUGUUUUCUUCGCCGACUUACUUUAUGACAGUUUCAAGGGACUCGGAACGAAAAACGAUGACCUAACCAGAAUCUUGGUAACUAGGGCCGAGAUUGAUUUGUUGCACAUAGCGAACGCCUAUCGACAGAAAUAUUCCAAACCGCUUGCUGAAGCCAUCAAAUCAGAAUGCAGUGGGGAUUUUAGAGCUCUUCUAUUGGCAAUGAUUUGAAAAUAUUUGAUUUGAUUGGUCGAUAGAAACGUCCAAAUUUACUAAUUCAAUUUUUUAUAAAAUAAACUUCAAAACAAAGCUAUGAAUAAAUAAUCAUUCAAACCAAUAAGUUAUAGAAUAAAAUAAUUAUAUAAUCAACAAGAGAGUCUAUAAAAGCUAAUAAUAAUGAAAUACUUUUGUAACGAUUAUUUUAUUUAAGCUUUAACCAAUCAAAUGACCAAUAAAAAAUAAUUCUCUGCGUU